AUGGCUCCCCGUCGCCCUCCGUUGCUACCUAUUCCCGGAAACAAUCAGAAGAUCCAAAAGACUCAAUCGUUCGAGGAGCGCCUCAAGCAAUUUUUCACAUCGAGCUAUAAUACCCUCGUGUCAGAUCUGCUCAUGGAUCUCGACCACCCAUUCAUUAUUCCCAUUGAAUUAUAUCUCUCUGUGCGCCAGCCAACUGUAUCCCUGGAGGGCCUCGAUUACUCAAGGCACGACCCGUUUGACUUCAAAAUCAACUUUUACAUUGCCACGUUCGUCGAUCCCGCGAGCGACGAUAUUGCCGCAUUGCUACAGGCUUCACUGGGAGAUACGAGCUCCGUGAGUGUCAGCUUUGAAUGGGCAUACGUGGGUGCCAUAGAGGUUAUGCCUACGGUUUACAUUGAGGUGCCCCCCGAAACAGUAACGGACUGGGCCGAUUUGGAGAGUGGGAUUCGUGCAGUGUUGGCGAGGAAUGCUUCGAAGAUGGGGAUCGUGGUUGACGUGCAAUUUCGAGUGAAAAGUUCGCAGAACAGGGCCAUUGAGAUCACUUGA